UUGGCCGGCAACGCGGACGAGACAUCUCGCCUUUAUAUAUGUCUAUGGUCGCAACGAAAAAGUUAAAAGUCACAAAUCCUUUAAUUCGCCUUCCUGCUGGGUUAAGCAUUAUUUGAUUACGACGUGUCACGUGGUCGGAAAGCACCGUCUCACCAUCGGAUCUUUUCCGGGAACUGGACCCGAACACUCAACCAUGGACUUCAUGACGGAUCGCGAUGUGCAGAAGUACGCGGAGGACGGCUACGUGGUUCUGGACGGGCUGCUGACGUCCCGGGAGUGCGACGAGCUGAGGCAACGCAUGGCGGAGAUAGUGGACGGCAUGGACGUCCCGGAGCACUGCCGCACCACCUUCUCCACCCAUCAAGAAGAGCAGCUCAAGGCACAGGGAAAUGCAGAUUAUUUCAUCACCAGCGGAGACAAGAUCCGCUUUUUCUUUGAGAAGGGGGUUUUUGACGACAAAGGUGAAUUCCUCAUCCCGAAACAGCGGUCCCUGAAUAAAGUCGGACACGCGCUGCACGCCUACGAGCCGCUGUACAAGGAAGUUACGCAUUCAGCCAAAGUGCAGGGCAUAGCGAAGAAGCUGGGCCUCGUGAGUCCUGUGGUCCUGCAGAGCAUGUUCAUUUUCAAGCAACCGGGGUUUGGUGGAGAAGUGGUGCCGCAUCAAGACGCCACAUUCCUGUACACGGAGCCUCUGGGCAAAGUCGUGGGCCUCUGGAUCGCGCUGCAAGACGCCACCGUUAACAACGGCUGCCUGUGGUUCAUCCCGGGCUCGCACAACAGUGGCGUUUCCCGCCGCAUGGUGCGUACGCCAAAGGGCUCCUUCCCGCUGACGGACUUCACGGGGCGCGAGCAGGACUACGACGACGGGAAGUUCAUCGCUGUACCGGUUAAAAAAGGUGGUGCGGUCCUGAUCCACGGGCAGGUGGUGCAUCGCAGUGCUGAAAACACCUCGGAGGACUCCCGCCACGUCUACACCUUCCACCUGAUGGAGGGCCAGGACGCCCGCUGGAGCCCCGACAACUGGUUGCAACCCACCGAGGAGCUUCCUUUCCCGCCGCUCUACACAAAGUGAAGGCUGUGUGUUUUUGGGUGCUGCGGUUCACGGAGAAACACAAGAUUCUUUCUCUCCUCGUGAACUCGUCUUAACCGUGGAACAUGUGCUCCCAUGGGUGUGUAGCUUGGUGAAAUUCAAACUUUAAAAAGACUGGGUUCAUGGCAACUACACAACAUCUGUGAUUGUUUUUAAAAUGAGACGUUUUAAUACAUUGGAAAAACGUUUUGAUUCAUUUUUAAUGAGACAAUACAACUUUUAUUAAACAUUGUCAUUUUUUUUAAAGUCAAAACAAGAUGGCAGAUUCCUUUUUACAGACAACAGUAAGCAUUAUUUUCAAGUAUGUUCAUAAUCAAAAUACCUUGAAUAGAAAUGUAUCAAUGAUCGUCAACUACAAUAUCGAAACAUUUUAUGUUCAUUUCAAAAAUCAAACCAAAAUAAUAAAACACAUGUCAAUAAAUACAGGUUAAACAAAUUGACUCAAUUUCAUCUUUCUUCUCUGAUGCACUCAACAUGCAAUAUUACAUUU